GUGCUACGUGGUUGGCUACGUGUAUCUAUUUUUACCCUCGUUUAAAACAGGUGACUCCUCUAAACAAAUUCACCAGUCACCUGCACCUGUAAUAGUAAUUCACUUAAGACUUAAUUAAUCAUAAGCAGCCAUCUCUAAUGGCUCACUUGCUUUGACACAUUGCAACUACUGUAUAGCAAGCAUUGGUCACCACAGGUGGGAGCUAUUGUCCCAGGCACCUUUCCCCAAGACCUAACUUACCAUUUGUGUUGCGUUGCAUCAUAACUUUCUGUCGCCGUUGGCGUUGGUCUGUUUUCUGCGGGAACCUUAGCCACAAUGCGACUCGAUCGAGGGUCCCAGAUUGGCGUGUAAUGUACUUUUGCCAUUCAUUCGGUGCAAAAAUGCAGUGUCAAAUGUACGGCUCAGCUCUGCGUUUGUUUUCAUAGAAAAAAGUGCUUCUUAGGUUUCGGAGCGAUCUGAUUCAAUUACCAUGAAAUCUCUAUCCAUUACGUGAAAUGUUUUUACUUUCUUUAAGUGCUUAUAAAAACUGGGCCUCGGACUGGUAGCCAGCAUCAGUUUCAUUCCGUCAUUGUUCCAGUGUACAUUUCCAGCCUAGUUCAGGGAGCAAUACAAUGCAGUUCGUUCUAUCAUCCAUAACAUUUGCCAUAGUUGCUUGCGCAGCUGUUGACUCAGCGAGUAAAUCAGUGAGCAAACGAGAUCUUUGGCAAUCGGGAGCAGUGCAGGAUCAUGCAGGAUUUGGACAGUCGGGACAGUCUGCAUAUUUGGGACAUUCAGGGUACGCAGGUAAUACGGGACACUCAGCUCUAGGAGUCCAGGAUUAUGGUGCAAGUUGGAGCCAAGGCCUUGAGGCACGUAUGCACAUGCCAGAAUCCGCACACUAUGAUCAUUUGCGAGUUCCGGUGCAUCCGGUUCACGAGUACCAUCAGGAGGAGGAAUCACAGGAUAAGAAGAAGUUCCAGGAAUGGAAACCUAUUCAUACGGAUUUCAAGUCGCAGUCAUCUUCCAGCAACACUAAGCAUUCAGAACAGGAGCAGCACAGCUACGAAGACUGGCGGGACGAUGAAGACAAGCAUGAGGAACCGGAAAAGCAUCAUCAUCAUCACCAUCAUCAUCACGUGAAAGUAAUAGAAGUUCCUAAGCCCUACACUGUGCACGUGGAGAAACCUUAUCCAGUGUAUGUGGAGAAACCCAUUAUUGUGGAAAAGGCUGUGCCACUGAAGCUACUGAUUAAGAAGAAAUACCAUCAUUAGUUAGAAAUAGACGAAUAGACUGUUUUAUUAUGGAUGUAUUAUGGAUCUGCAGUUACACGUACCCAGCUUCAAAUCAAAAGACCCUUUUCGUACGUGGGUGUGUUACCAUAGGUUAUGUCUAGUUAUCUUUAGUUGGCUUCUAGUGGCAAUUGCUUUAUACGGCUGGCUAGCUGGAUCGUGAUGCCCAUCACGAUAAAUUUCUGGAGGUAUACAGUGCAUACUUAUUCCCAGAGUCCUUUCCUGGUUCUCGAAUAAUGGUUAGCCUCCUCCAUCUUUGGG